AUGCCGUCUCUCGGGCGCCUGUUUACACUGGCGUUGUGGAUCGGUCUCCUGACCCCCAUCUACCUGUUCCUGGAGAAGAACCUUGAGAAGUUCUACAUCUUCGACCACGAGCACCUGCACGACCUUUCCAAGCGCGCCAUCGCCGCCCAUGGAAACGACACGCGCUCCGUUGUCAACUACAUCGUGACCGAGUUGAACGGCAUUCACCCCACGAACGUCAACCUCGACGAGGAAUGGGUCUUCAACAACGCCGGCGGUGCUAUGGGCGCCAUGUACAUCAUCCACGCCAGUAUCACCGAGUACCUCAUCGUCUUCGGCACCACCCUCUCCACCCAGGCUAGCUCCUCCGCCCCCUCCGCCUCCGACUCCGGCUCCGCGUCUGCUUCUACCUCCGGUGCCGCCACCACCUCUGCUGCGGCCGGCACCUCGUCGGCCACGGCCACCCGUGUCACUUCCAUCGGAACCUCCGUCGUUUUUCCUUCCGGAACUGCCACUCCCAGCACACCAGUCUUUGCCGGUGCCGGUAAGAACGCCGCUGCCAUGGGUCUCGCCGCUGUCGGUAUGGCCCUUGCUGCCUUUUAA